AUGUGUAUGUCGCAGUCGAGUGGCGUGGUCGGCCGGCUGACUGGGGCGAUCUGGUCGUUGAUCGUCCAGUUGCGUCAACAUCGCACCAUCCUGCUCACGACGCAUCACCUGGACGAGGCGGAGCUGCUCAGCGACAAGCUCGUCAUCAUGCACAAGGGAGAGGUGCAUACGAGCGGAUCUCCAUUAGAGAUAAAGCAGUUGCUGGGUCGCGGGUACCGGCUGUCGGUGUUGUACCCGGGCGGUGACCGGACGGGGCUGCAGCACAGCCGUCGCCUGCUGCUGCACGCCGUCCGGCAGCUGCAGCCCGCCGCCACGCUCGUCCCCGCUGUGGGACUGGACGUCGAGCUGAUACUACCCAGACAACAUCACACGCAACCGAACCUGUGAGUCACUCGCCUUUUAUAAAACGACUUACAGAGUUCAUCACCAGCCUAUGAGUGUCCCCACUUCUGGGGCUCAGGGAUUUCCUAUAGAUGAAAUCGAAUUGAAUCGUAUAGAGAAAAUGGGCCACUACUCACCACGCUGGCCCGAUGCGGAUUGGUGGGUAUUAACAACUGCAGAUGCUUUACAUGCCUUUCGAAUCACGGAGGAGUUCAAGAUUGUAAACUUGUAUUCACCUGACCUUUGCGAAAUUGUGAAAAUGCCCAUUGCGAAACUUGCUUGACAAACGUAUCGCAGACCGAGCGCGCUUAGCACUGCGCCAUCGAGAUCAUCUCGGCGUUGAAACGUACAGAGGUGGAACAUAAACAAUAAAGAAUGGUAAUAAGCGAGUUCGCAGUGUACCUGGUGUAUAAUGGGGAUAUGAACAUGCUGAUGAUAAAUUCUUAG